AUGGAGACGAUGGAGCAACAAAAACAUUCACUCUCUUCUUUGCCUAUGCUCUCUAGGCUUGAGCAUUUGGAUUUUGUUAUAAAGAGCUUAGAAAGACAACAAAACCUUCCGAAAUGGAAAGAUGAAAGCUCAUCUACUACAGGUGGAUUGAUCGAUAGAGGCACAGUGGUUAGAGAAGCUUAUUUCAAAGGAUCGUUACUAGAUAGAAUUGCAGCUUUAGAGACCAGACUUUUUCAGAUAUGUUUGGAGUUGGAAUCGAGCACUGCAUCUUCUACUUCAACCGGAGGGUCCGGUGAAACAUCAAGCCAAAAGAUUAAGAGAGAUUUGACAAAGACAUUGCCCAUUUUCACUAGCAACAUUAAUCCUUUUCAUAUGCCCUUGCAGCAUCCACAAGACCUUCGGGAAACUGAAGAGAUGAUUGAAGAAGAAACCGAAGAGAUGAUUGAAGAAAAAGAGGAAGAGGAAGAGGAAGAGAAAGAGAUGAAU